AUGGGCAUUGUCAUGGGCCUGGGAUUCAAAGCCGUCAGCCAAAUAAAGGGAUUUGUCAUUUGUGAUGAGUAUGCAACCAUUAAUGAUGACAAAGAUUCCAGCAAUCUCUUGCCAAACAAUGGAGACCGUGGGCUGGUUCCCGGAAAUGACAAGUUCAAGCCUGUGUUACCCUGGCCUCAUGUAGAAGGUGUGGAAGUAGACUUGGAAUCAAUUCGACGAAGGAAUAAGGCCAAAAAUGAAGGAAAUCCUCAUGCUGGUGGCAAUAAUGAUCAGCAAAACAUCAUGCAGCGACAGUAUCUCACAUUUAAGCCACAGACACUUACCUACCAUGAUCCCAUAUUGCAAUCUGGAAUUCUUGGUAACUUUGAACCCAAAGAACCUGAGCCCCAUGGAGUUGUAGGUGGCCCUGGAGAGGAAGCCAAGCCAUAUGUUUUGGGACCAGAGUAUAAAGAAUCAGUUCAAGCCAGUAUUAAAGAGUUUGGCUUUAACAUGGUAGCAAGUGACAUGAUCUCACUAGAUCGAAGUAUUAAUGACUUGCGUGAUGAAGAGUGCAAGUUCUGGCAUUAUGAUGAAAACCUACUCACCUCCAGCGUUAUCAUUGUCUUCCAUAAUGAAGGAUGGUCCACACUCAUGAGGACAGUUCACAGUGUCAUUAAAAGAACACCAAGGAAGUAUCUGGCUGAAAUUGUUCUGAUUGAUGAUUUCAGUAAUAAAGCACACUUAAAAGAGAGACUAGAGGAUUAUAUUAAGCAGUGGAAUGGCCUUGUAAAGAUUUUUCGAAACGAAAGGAGAGAAGGUUUAAUUCAAGCUAGAAGCAUUGGAGCCCAGAAGGCUAAACUUGGACAGGUUUUGAUUUACCUUGAUGCCCACUGUGAGGUGGCAGUAAACUGGUAUGCAUCACUAAUAGCUCCUAUAUCUAAAGACAGAACCACAUGCACUGUGCCGCUUAUAGAUGUCAUAGAUGGCAACACUUAUCAGAUUGUACCCCAAGGGGGUGGUGACGAAGAUGGGUUUGCUAGAGGAGCAUGGGAUUGGAGUAUGCUCUGGAAGAGGGUGCCCUUGACCAAACGUGAGAAGGCAAUGAGAAAGACAAAAACUGAGCCGUAUCGAUCCCCUGCAAUGGCUGGUGGAUUAUUUGCCAUUGAACGUGACUUCUUUUUUGAACUAGGUCUCUAUGACCCAGGUCUACAAAUCUGGGGUGGUGAAAACUUUGAAAUUUCAUACAAGAUCUGGCAGUGCGGAGGGAAGCUGUUGUUUGUCCCUUGUUCUCGUGUUGGACACAUUUAUCGUCUCCAGGGAUGGCAGGGGAAUCCACCUCCGGCAUAUGUUGGAUCAUCGCCUACUCUAAAAAACUAUGUCAGAGUUGUGGAGGUCUGGUGGGAUGAAUACAAAGAUUACUUCUAUGCUAGUCGUCCUGAGACAAAAGCACUAGCUUACGGUGAUAUAUCUGAAUUGAAGAAAUUUCGUGAAGAUCAUCAAUGUAAAAGUUUCAAAUGGUUCAUGGAAGAAAUAGCUUAUGAUAUCACAUCACACUACCCUUUACCACCGAAAAAUGUGGAGUGGGGAGAGAUUAGAGGCUUUGAAACUGCUUACUGCAUAGACAGCAUGGGGCACACCAAUGGAGGCUUUGUAGAGCUUGGACCGUGCCAUAGAAUGGGAGGAAAUCAACUGUUCAGAAUCAAUGAAGCAAAUCAGCUCAUGCAAUAUGACCAGUGCUUGACGAAAGGACCAGAUGGAUCAAAAGUCAUGAUUACACACUGCAAUCUAAAUGAAUACAAGGAGUGGCAGUACUUCAAGAAUCUACAUAGAUUUACCCAUAUUCCUUCAGGGAAAUGUUUGGAUCGUUCAGAGGUUCUGCAUCAAGUGUUCAUCUCAGACUGUGACUCUAGCAAACCAACACAAAAAUGGGAAAUGAACAAUAUCCUUAGCGUGUAGACUGAACAGCCUGAAACCUACCUACUGAUCCGUUUAAUUCGUAUAGGACUGGAGAUAGCCUGAAAACUGCUGCAACUAUUACCUUUGUACGGCUGCGAGCCCAGAACCUCCUGAUCUGGAUGAAGGACAUAGACGGACUGUGAUGGAUUUAUCAUCUGCAGUUAAUGUUUACAAAACUGCUCUUACCUUAAACUUUAUAGAUGUUUACAUCUUUAUUUGUGUGUGUUUCGUUUUAAGAUGUUUUAAAUAGGCGAUAAUUUAAUGUGCUUUUCACGGUGUUCCCAUAUUUACUGGAACAAAGUUAAAAGCAUCUGCUUAGAUCUGACAACAAUUUAUAGUUGCUUCUGCUUGUUCAGGGGGACUUUUCUUCUACCCCUUCUGGCAGGGCCUUCUCCCUGGGCCUCCCCAAAAGCCCCUCGUGAAGGCAGAAGGAAUAUCAGGGGGCUGUGGCCACAGGAGAGUUAGCAACAUAGACACCUUUCCUGUGCAUGCAGAUGUGCCUUAUGCUCAUGCACAGGUAAAGGAUUCAGAUCCAAGCAAUUCUUGUGUUCUUUGGGAUUACACUCAGGGGUCUGCAGGCAGUUUUUUGUUUUGUUCUGUUUUUUAACACACUCACACUUGAAAAAGGUUGGAGUAACCAGAUUUUGCUAUAACAUGGUGAUUAUCAACCUGUUGUACGUUGUUUUGAUUUUACAUAUUAUAAGCACUGCCACAGGUUUUUAGCCAGGGUGGCCUUCUUUCACAGUCAUGCUGCUUUUCUGAAAGGUGAAUUUUCAACAUAUUUAGUGCCUCUUUAAUUUUACCUCUGUAUUUUCCACAAGAAAAGCUUUUUGUUUUAUAGUAUGGGUAUGGUUAGGUGUCUCCUUUUCGAACAGGGGCGAGUUGGUACUACCCACAUGACACUUAAAGAAAAAAAUUAUUGCCGUGUUCUCUAGUGUACUGCUUAUUCCAUACCAUUAAAGUAACCAACUGGUGCACAAGUCUUACUAGCCCUGUACAGAAGACCCAUCCGUCCCCUGGCUGAUCACACAGGGAGGAAAACCAGGAAUGAGUGUUCUGAGCUCCACCUCUGGGUGAUCACCAAAUGAUCUGCACCGUGCAAAUGUGUGGAGAAAGUGUCCAUGCGUACACUCCCUCCCUGUGAUCCGCAUCCUCUGUACAGGGCUUCUGUGAAUUAAAGGCUGCACGAAAAACCCAAAACUAUGAUCCUGUAACUUCAUCAGAACCUUUAAAGAAGGUUAGAUACUGGGUAGCACUUAAAUCCAUGAACCACUUGUGUGAAAUAGCAUUAAAGCAGUUUAAAUCUUCUGUUUUGCAAUAUCAAGCUGAAACUUAGCACUAUGUGAUGCAUUCAGUGGAAGUGAGCACUCCAAAUUACAGCUAAAAACAUACAAGCACUAACUUCCCUGCUGUAUCAAAGCCUUACAAAUCUUCUGUAUAUGUCAGAAUUGAAAUAUAUCGACUUCUGCAGAACACAGAAGAGUAAAAUUGAUCUGAUUCUUCACUUUUCUUGUGACAAAGGGAAGCUGGUUGAUGAAGAACUGAAACAUUUUGUUUCGUGAUUAUUGUGCAAGCAGGCAGCAUGCAGAGGGGAUGCAUCUAGUUAUAGAGUCAUAUAUAGAUUAGAAAUGGGCAGAUUGGGGGGCUAGAUUUAUUAUUUUGUACAAAAGUGUCUUCUCCCUCAAACUUUCUCCCUCCCAUAUUUGGAAAAAAAAAUCACAAAGUGUUUUUGACACUAGGAUUUAUGCUGACACUUAUCCAGUGUCGUGAUUCCAAAUUCCAUAAUUGUGCCAUAGCAUGGAAAGAAAAGGGGGUGUGUGGAAUAUUAGGAAGUUCACAUACUAAGGUAUAGUUUACUGAAUAUUUGUGCUGAAAGUUUUUGCUUUUAAGGUAAUCUUAAAUUUUGAUUUUUAAAAAUGUGAACCGCCAAACCUGCUUUAAGACUUAAUCUGAAGGAUGAGAUGCUGGGCAUAAUCCCACAGAGAUUUCCAUCAGUUUAACCAUGCUGUAUUGGGCUGUGGGUCCUGUAAGCAGUUCGGCACAAAGAGUCCCACUUGGAUCAGUUGGUUUGCUGUGCAUAUGACUGCAUAUUUCAGAUGGAAACUAACUUCCUAAAUUAUUCAACUGGUGUCUCAAGUAUGCUUUGGUUUCAAUAGCAUAAUUUGUGAACAAAAGUGAAAGAACUCCUAAGGAGAGGUAAUGGAAAUGCUUCCAUUAUAAGGUCUUUUUUCCCAUUUAGGUGCAGUUCAAAGUAGCAUAUAACAUUUUCAUGAACACAGAAUUUUGGCCUUACAAAGGCCAGGUACAUGUGGCCUGAGAUCUUUUGUGGCUUGAGUCUUUUCUGGCCUUUUUAAAAGGUGUGAACAAAUACUAAAUAAAGGAGGACUAAAGGAUUAUAAGGGUGUGGGCAUAUUUCAUUAGUUGUGUAUAUGAAAACUGAUUCAUUCUCUUCGUUGACUAGAGUUUAAUUUAAUCACAUUACUAUGCAUAAGUGAAAGAGAUUGCACAUAGAUUGUGCACGUCUGUGUUAAAUGGGUAUUGUGUGCAAUGUCAUUAAAAUCCAAUACUUUAUGUGAAUACGGAUCUGUAUUUUUAAAUUCCAAAUCUUACAAGACAACAAAAACUGUUACUCUAAUGACUUUUCCUACUGUAACCUGCUUUUAAAAAGUAGUUCCCAUAUCCUUGCUUUGUAAGUU